GAGUUAGCUGAAAUUGUGUCAGAUAAAGUUUACCAUUUAGACAGUCGUGUUAUAUUUAUACCUAAUUUAAGGAAUUAAGCUCGAAGUAGAAGCAAAAAUGUCGUUACCGUUGUUUGUUACGGCUAUAUUGGCAACAGUUGUUGCCACAUCUUUCUUGUACAUUCAAUACGCGUAUUCAUUCUGGAAACGUUUGGGCGUACCAUUUCAAAAGCCAUCAUUUCCAUUCGGCAAUUUUUCUGCAUCUUUCCUCGGAAAAAAAUCGCUAGGUGAAGAUAUGCGUGUAAUAUACGAAAGCACAACGGAGCCAGUGAUCGGAAUGUACACUAUCGUUAAGCCGGCAUUGCUCAUUCGUGAUCCGAAACUGAUCCAACAUAUUUUGGUGAAAGAUUUCCAACAUUUCGUCAACCGUGGAUUCCACACAAAUACAGACGUUGAUCCACUAGGCGAUAACAUUUUGAUGCAAGAUGGAGACAAAUGGAGGAACGCUCGAAUGAAAAUGUCGCCCACUUUUUCAUCCGGUAAGCUCAAGUCGAUGUUUGAAACAAUCGUAAAGUGUGGCAAUACACUUGAAAACUAUUUGGAUCGGUUAGCAAUGAGCCAAAAGGAAAUAGAAGUCCGUGACGUGUUUGCGAGAUUCGCCACGAACGCCAUUGCCUCAAUUGCUUUUGGGAUCGAAAUUGAUUGCCUCGAAAAUCCGGAUCAUGAUUUCCGGAAAUACGGAAAAAAAUUCUUUGAUCCAACCUUAAAGAACCUGAUCCGUGUGAACAUGGGGGUAAUGAGUCCUACAUUAUCAAAAUUAUUUGGUCUUCGAUUCGCCGACAAAGAUGUCGGAGAGUUCAUGACUGAGACCGUUCGCAAGAAUUUGGAAUAUCGUGAAAAGAGUGGUGUUGUACGUAAAGAUCUGUUCCAACUGUUAAUGCAACUUAGAAACACAGGAAAAGUGCAAGAAGAUGGUGAUUGGAACACAAAAAACAAUCGUGAAAAGAAAAUGUCCGUUGAAGAGAUGACUGCCCAAGCGUACCUGAUUUUCAUUGGGGGAUUUGAGUCAUCUUCAACGACUAUGUCAUUUUGUGCAUAUGAGCUAGCGAGAAAUCCGGAAAUCCAACAAAAAGCUUAUGAAGACAUAAUUGAUACCCUUGCAAAACACGACGGUCAGCUAACUUAUGAAUCUUUGAACGAUAUGAAGUAUUUGGAACAAUGCAUCGAAGAAACCUUGAGAGUGCAUCCACCAUUUGAAGCAGGCGCUCGGCAGUGCACGAAGGACUAUACACUACCAGAUACUAACAUAGUGAUCAAGAAAGGAAUGACAGUGAUGUUCUCGGUCACCGGUCUUCACUAUGACCCGAAGUAUUACACAGACCCAACGAAAUUCAUUCCAGAGAGACACGACAAGGCUGAAAUCGCUGGCAAAAAUUUUGUCGAUAUGCCGAAAUUGGCGUUCGGUGAUGGGCCUCGAAUAUGCUUAGGUUUGCGUUUGGGGAAAAUGCAAGUUAAAAUCGCAAUCGUCUUGUUGCUGCAGAAAUUGAAAUUUGAAUUGGCCGAUCAACACGUUGGAAAAGAGCUAAAAAUGAACCCAAGAAGUGGAGUUCGAGCAGCCGUAUCUGGUAUCAACUUAAAACUCAAGAAACGUUGAAGGGUCUUCGUAUUCAAUUCAAGGAAUUGCUUACUGUAACUGACUGAGAUCUACGAUUGGGCUAUAUCGACUUGAACAAUUUGCUUUCGAUCGAUAUAGAGUGUAGCCGAGAAAGUCAGUUUAAAAUUCCAUUCGGGUCAUCAGACCCAUUUGUCCUUCAUCUAAUUUCGUUAUGCUUUUAUGUUUCUGUGUAUAUUACUUCAAUAAACUUCAGUUUUGACUAUU